AUGGAAGCUACAAAGAAGUCUUUGACGCCCGAUGGGUUUUUCAAGACCGGUGACGUGGCGGAGAGACAUGGCAAACAUUUCUUCAUCAAGGGACGGAAGUCGGUUGACAUCCUCAAAUCGGGCGGGUAUAAAAUCUCGGCACUCGACGUGGAGAGGCAGAUACUCGAACAUCCCAAUAUUGCUGAGGCGAUCGUUGUAGGCGUUGACGACGAUGAAUUUGGCCAACGCAUCGCGGCGGCAGUCGUCUUGAACGAGACGGUGGCAUACUUGUCGUUGUCGGAGCUCCGAUCGUUUCUCAGAGAUAAACUCUCUUCCUACAAAUUGCCGACAUUGUUACGUGUUGUCCGCGAGCUGCCCAAGACGACUACCUUGAAGGUUCCCAAACUGCUGAUAAAAAGGGACUUGUUCGAUGCUGAACACGCCGACAUUCAAAAAUGGUCGCCCUCCAUCGUCAAGCUUUGA